CAGCCACGCAUUGAAAUGGCAAUUCCUCUUCCUCCAAACCUGCUCUGCUAGCCACCAUGGCUUCUGCAACUCACAAUUCAUCCACUCUCUGCUUCAAUCUUCAAACACCACCUAACUGUCUCAUUAAUCGAUCUAGUAAUUUUUUGCACUGUGGCCAUCGGUAUGGAGAGCCUCUCUACUCUUCUAUACGCGCCAGGGUUCGCCUUCAGCGAAGGAUAAGAGCGCGAAGUAGAGCUUCCGUUCUUACUGUUGUCUCUUUUUCUUCCGCAAAUAAACCGUCUCCUUCCUCUGACGUUAGCUCUACAGCCAGGAUAAGGAGUGAAGUUCUGUCUCCCUUUCGGUCAGUUAGGAUGUUCUUUUAUAUAGCUUUUGUUGCAAGCGCAUCUCUAGGGGGAUUGAUAACAAUCACACAACUUAUCGGUGCACUGGGUAAUCCAUCAAGAGCACCUGAAGUUCCAGUGAUUCUGAAAGACCUCGCCAUUGACCUCGGAGCGGUGUCUAUAUUUGCUUUCUUGUACUACAGAGAGAACAAGGCAAAAAAUGCACAGCUGUCUCGACUCUCGAGAGAAGAAAGCCUAUCAAAUCUUAAGCUCCGAGUGAAUGAGAAGAAGACCAUUCCGGUCAGCACAUUGAGAGGGAUUGCCCGUCUGGUAAUAUGUGCAGGCCCAGCAUCAUUCAUAACGGAGUCCUUUAACAGUAGUGAGCCUUUCACAGAAAGCCUCCUAGAGAGAGGGGUACUUGUUGUGCCCUUGGUGACCGAUGGGGAUUCACCUUCUUUGAAGUUUGAUGAGAGUGAGGAGCAGAAGCAGGUCACCACCAAAAGGAAGAGGCUCUGGCAGCUUGCUCCCGUUUUCAUCACUGAGUGGUUCGAGUGGUUGGAAGAACAAAAGAAGUUGGCAGGUGUAUCCUCUGAGUCUCCAGUGUAUCUAUCUCUGCGGCUAGAUGGCCGAGUACGAGGAAGCGGGGUUGGGUAUCCUCCAUGGAAAGCUUUGGUUGCGCAAUUACCACCAGCAAAGGGAAUUUGGUCUGGCUUACUAGAUGGCAUGGAUGGGAGAGUUCUUUAGAAGAAAUAGUGUUAAAGUUGAUCUCUCGUAAUUUUUUCCCGUUAGGCAUCUUCUUAAAGUGGAAAAUCCACUACUCCUCAUCGAGUCUUUAAUGUAAUCUUCUUAUGAAUUGAAUCCAAGGUCAUGCUUAAAUGCAUAACAACAUCAGGAGAGCUGACCAUACUCAGUUAUGUUGUACAAACGUGUGUCUAUCUUCUCGCGGUAGCCUCCCAUUGGAACUUCAUUGAGCGUUCAUGGAUAUGGGCAAAUUUUUUC